AUGGAUGAGGGAUCAGAUAAGGCCCCUCGGCGCAAGAGGGUCUCCCGAGCUUGCGAUCGCUGUCGCAGUAAGAAGGAUAAAUGCGACGGUAUCCGUCCCACUUGUUCUGCCUGUCAGGUAUCGGGCCAAUCCUGCUCCUACGAUCCCCAUGCGAAGAAACGCGGUCUCCCCGAGGGCUACGUCCGUGGCUUGGAAAAACUGUGGGCGCUGUCGAUCUGCAACAUUGAAGGGUUUGAGGAUACCAUGCUGGCCAUGCUAGGAAAUAACUCCGAGUCCACCGGUCGUCGCGAGAAAUUGAUGUCCGUGUGGUCAGAUGAUAGUGCCUCGGAGACUUUACACGAAUCUUGGAAAACGAGUCGGCUGUUCGGUGCGCUGGAGAAAAUGCUCUCUAAUUCCGAUGCGCCAGGGCCCGUGAGUGGGAAGCGAACGCGUAAUCCACAAGAUGAUGGCCCCGAUGGUCAAUGGGGGUUCCGAGUAGCCCACACUUCCACCCCGCUCGGUCCGGGUGCGCCGCGUGUAAUUGAGCCCUUUGCCGCAUCGCCGGGUGUAAAGCGGGCUCGAUUGUCAAAAGAGUCGGAUGGUCGAGGUAUUGCUGGACCCAAUCCUCAUGCGCUGCAAUUGCCACCUCAGACGUCGCAGCUGCUCGACAUGUACUUUGCGGUCACGCAUUCAUGGUUCCCCAUCGUCGCUAAGCAUAACAUUCUCCGCGCUUCCUACCUUUACGCCAACGGCCCUAUCUCUGUUGCCACAACUUCGCCUGGGUCUGGCGAUCACGCCGCCCUGUGGGCAAUCCUAAGUUACACUAUCACUCAGUCGCGAACAAAUUUCCGGGUUGGUCCCGCUGGAACAAUUCCUCUGGCGAAGGAAUACUAUGCCGUCUCGCGAAAUCUCAUCCCCACGGAGAAAGAGCGCUAUGAGCCCGGUCAUAUUCAGGCAUUGUUGCUGCUAACCUUGGUGAACAUGGGUCUCGAAGAUUGGACCGCGGCUUGGCUAUUGAGCGGCCAAGCAGUGCGCAUGGCGAUUGCUAUGGGACUUGGAACUGUGUCGGACAGCCGGCGGUCUGAUGAACCUAAACAAGGCAAGGCGGUAUUCUUAGGGUGCUUUGUAGUUGAUUCAUUGCUCUCUUUCCGUCUUUCACGGAGCCCUUCCAUGCCUCCAAGCGACCUCGCUGCGGUGGGCCUUUUGGAGGAGGAUGGACUGGAGGAGUGGAACUCCUGGGUGGAUGUUUUACCACCCACUGGCGCUCCGCAAGGCAGCAAGAACUCACCGCGCCGAGGACCACUCCUGGCCCUCAGCUGUUUCAACCGCUUGGUUGAGUUGGCGAGCGUUCUCAAUAAGAUUUCCCGUCACAUGUCUUCGGGAUACAGUAUGGCGGCCUUUGCGCAGCAAUUGGUUAUGGAGCUUAAGCAAUGGGAUGAUUGCCUACCUCUGGGAUGCCGCCUGAUUGGACCGGAAAGCAUCUAUCCAGAACGCCAUUCAGCUUUACUUCCCCAUCAAAGUUACCUAGGCCUGACCUAUGUGGCCACCCUGCUUUGGCUCUAUCUACAAUUGAUAUCGGGUGAGCAGGGAUUGCACCGCUCACAGCGCCCAGCCACAGAGGGGGCCAAGAAGCUCCUCUAUCGAGGGCUCUCUAUGGUCACCCAACACUUAGAAAACUUCUCCAUGUGCGGUCUUCCACCGCUAUUUGAGCUAAGUCUUCGCACAAUUGCGGAGCAAGCGUUUAGACUUAGGACUACUGCCGACUCAUCCGACACCUUCCCCUUCGUCAGGUGGGCAGAAGAGUUCCGACUGAAAACGGCAGCUUUCAAUUCCACAUGGCCAGCCUACGGUUCUUUAGUUUCCACCAUGGAGAGGUGGCAUCACCCCAACGAUGUUGUUGGGGGGCCGUCCGCUUUCCCCGGGGCAGCUGGCCAUUCAUUUACGGGUGCAUCUAUGGCAGGCUCCAUGCAACCCCUAGUAGGAGCUCGCAGCCAACCCCAAAAUGGCGAAGUAAAUUACACCUCUGCUAUCCUUGGCAUUAGCAUGCCAGCCGAUGGGCAAUCUUUGACCCCCAAAGAUACAGUAAUGGAAAACACAGAUCUCGGCAUGAUGGACGUGUCACUACACCACUCAAGGGAAAUCCAGUCAGUUCUACCGGAUAAGAUUACUCCACGCAGUGGAGCAGAUUCCACGUAUGGAGCCACACAACAUCAACAACCGCAACCUCAAACUCCCGACUCGGCAACCUCGAACCCAAUGAGGCCUGGAAGCAUUGCUCCCACCGGUGACAUCGACGCCAUCUUUAAAGACCUCGCAUACCUGGAUACCACUGAAUGGUCUACGAACCGCGAGGCAGGUUUAAAAGACUUCGGCUUUUUGGACGAUAGCACAUUCCAGGCUUUCUGUCAUGACCCAGAUCGCUUGGGCGGAUCACAGCCAUUGGUUCAUCCACCUUCGAUAGCGGACAUAUGGCCGCCGCCUGGGUUCUUCCCAGAGACUUUCCAGGAGGUUCCCGAAGAGUCUAUGGGUGGCUGA